AUGGCGCUGUUUUCAGCAGCAGCAAAAGGAGACGUCCUGAAGAUACAAUCAUUAAUCGGCUCAGAAGACAAGUCAGAAGAUUCUGAUGGAGUUGAUGUAAACUGCUCGGAUGCAUCUGGCAAGACACCCCUUCACAUUGCUUCGGAAAACGGACAUUUGCAAACGGUUAAAUGGCUUACCCAUCAUGGAGCAAAAGUGAAUGUGGUUGAUGCUUACCUACAGACAUCGGUUCACUUAUGCUCGAAGAAAGGCCAUCUUCAUGUGAUAGAGCUGUUAGUGGACGAAGGAGCAGAUAUUAAAAUUGGCGACAAAGAUGGGUUUACAGCUCUUCAAAUAGCAUCAUUCAAGGGUCAUGUUGAUAUUGUCAAAUACCUUGUAAAGGGGCAGACCUGGGGAGACUUGCUAGUGAUGACUGGACACCUCUUCACUUUGCAUUAG